AUGCCUUUCCAAGACAGACUGCCUUGCCAAGACGGACUGCCUUUCCAAGACGGACUGCCUCGCCUUUCCAAGACGGACUGCCUUUCCAAGACGGACUGCCGUUCCAAGACGGACUGCCGUUCCAAGACGGACUGCCUUUCCAAGUCGGACUGCCUUACCAAGUCGGACUGCCUUUCCAAGACGGACUGCCUUACCAAGUCGGACUGCCUUUCCAAGACGGACUGCCUUUCCAAGACGGACUGCCUUGCCAAGACGGACUGCCUUUCCAAGACGGACUGCCCUUCCAAGACAAACUGCCCUUCCAAGACGGACCGCCUUUCCAAGACGGACUGCCUUACCAAGUCGGACUGCCUUUCCAAGACGGACUGCCUUUCCAAGACAGACUGCCUUGCCAAGACGGACUGCCUUUCCAAGACGGACUGCCUCGCCUUUCCAAGACGGACUGCCUUUCCAAGACGGACUGCCUCGGACUGCCUUUCCAAGACGGACUGCCUUACCAAGUCGGACUGCCUUUCCAAGACGGACUGCCUUUCCAAGACGGACUGCCUUGCCAAGACGGACUGCCUUUCCAAGACGGACUGCCCUUCCAAGACGGACUGCCCUUCCAAGACGGACCGCCUUUCCAAGACGGACUGCCCUUCCAAGUCGGACUGCCUUUCCAAGACGGACCGCCUUUCCAAGACAGACUGCCUUGCCAAGACGGACUGCCUUUCCAAGACGGACCGCCUUUCCAAGACGGACUGCCUUGCCAAGACGGACUGCCUUUCCAAGACGGACUGCCUUUCCAAGACGGACUGCCUUUCCAAGACGGACUGCCUUUCCAAGACGGACUGCCUUUCCAAGACGGACUGCCUUUCCAAGACGGACUGCCGUUCCAAGACGGACUGCCUUUCCAAGACAGACUGCCUUUCCAAGACGGACUGCAUUUCCAAGACGGACUGCCUUUCCAAGACGGACAAGACUGGGGCCUACCAGUGA